AUGGACGCCCUCAAGAGGAAGUUCAUCCUCCUCAAGAAUCACGCGAAACCAACGGGUGACCCCGAAUGUCCCGUCAAGGUGAAGCGAGCGAAGCGCAUUCAGCGUGAGAUCGACCAGUCGGUCUCGGUGAUGUCACUGGAUGUCGGUUGCGACGAAGAUGAAAACGACGACGAUACGGACCCUCCGGUCCCGGCCCAAGAAGACGACGAAGAUGUCGGACGAACCGGACUGCAACAGACGGAGUUGCAGUCCUUGAGCGUGACCUUGAAGCGCCAAUUCGACCAAGGAGACCCGACAGCGAGAUUAUUGUCCUACACGGCGAAGAAGCGGCGCUCGAUCGACAAGUAUAUUAACGGCGCUGCCGAGGCCGACACGAAGGCUUCGUCGGACAUGAUGACGAUGAUCUUACUUAUGGACGAGCGGUCGGCAAAGCGAGAAGAAAGCCGGAUUGAGCGUCAAGAAAAGUACGACCGGGAGCGCGAAGAGCGUGAUGCGAGACGUGAAGAACUACACAUUCUUCUGAUGGGGAAGAUGAUGGGACAGCACCAAAAGUAA